ACCGGCGGGCUGUUUUCUCAAUUUCUCUCUCUACUUUUCCCUCCAAAAAUGGGCGGGAGGCUGCCUGGGUUGGGCUUUAGGGCUUGUGGGAGAAGGCAAACGGGCUGAUUGGAGGACGAGGAGGGAAGGAAAACCGGAGACGAGAGAGGAAGGAGGAGAUGGGUUCGUCGGAGAUGCCCUGGGUGGAGAAGUAUCGGCCGACGAAGGUGGCUGAUGUGGUCGGAAACCAGGACGCCGUCUCCAGGCUGCAGGUCAUCGCUCGUGAGGGCAAUAUGCCCAACAUCAUCCUCGCGGGACCCCCUGGGACUGGAAAGACCACGAGUACUCUGGCUCUUGCUCAUGAGCUUUUGGGUGAAAAUUUUAAGGAAGCUGUUCUAGAGCUGAACGCAUCAGAUGAUCGAGGUAUCGAUGUCGUCCGGAACAAGAUCAAGAUGUUUGCACAAAAGAAAGUAACAUUACCGCCUGGUCGACAUAAGAUCAUCAUUUUGGACGAAGCAGACAGCAUGACAUCAGGAGCACAACAGGCAUUGCGUCGGACAAUGGAAAUUUACUCUAGUUCUACGAGGUUUGCCCUUGCAUGCAACACAUCUUCCAAGGUUAUUGAACCCAUCCAGAGCAGAUGUGCAAUUGUUCGUUUCACAAGGUUGUCAGACCAAGAGAUUCUUGGGCGACUCAUGGUAGUGGUUGAAGCUGAGAAGGUACCUUAUGUGCCAGAAGGACUUGAAGCUGUUAUCUUUACAGCUGAUGGUGAUAUGCGGCAGGCUUUGAACAAUUUACAAGCUACAUUCAGUGGAUUCAGAUUUGUCAAUCAAGACAAUGUUUUUAAGGUGUGUGAUCAGCCUCAUCCAUUACAUGUCAAGAACAUGAUAAAGAACAUUCUGGAUGGCAAAUUUGAUGAGGCUUGUUCUGGUUUGAAGCAACUUUAUGAUCUGGGUUAUUCUCCUACUGAUAUCAUCACCACAAUUUUCCGUAUAAUAAAAAAUUAUGAUAUGGCCGAAUAUCUGAAAUUAGAGUUCUUAAAGGAAACUGGGUUUGCACACAUGAGAAUUUGUGAUGGUGUCGGUUCUUUACUUCAACUAUGUGGUUUCUUAGCCAAGCUUGCAAUGGUACGGGAAACUGCUAAGGCCAACUAAAAGGUUCUUUUUGCCUUUUAUUGAGCAGAGGUGCUACUGUGGGAUAUUUUGUUCUGGCUUCCAUUUCAAUGCCUUACUGAGAGCAACUUUGAGCGGCGAUAUGGAGGUUGUUUACUUGAAGAUGUAUAUAUUACAAUUGGCACAAUUAGGAUUCCUCACUUGAGUCCAGUUUGUUUGAUUGUAUUGGCUUUUGAGGAAUGGCUGAACAUGUACUUGCUAAUUGUGACUUUCAAGUUUCAACUGCAUUGUCUUUCC